AAUCGCACCAGUGAAGAAGAACAAGAAGUAUAAACCACCACAGAAGAAGAAAUCCCCCCCAUCCCGCUGUCGCUACCCGCCCACAGCCGGGGAGGGAGCCCCUCCUGCCCGCCCGGCAGAGCUGCUUCCCCGCGGGACAAACUCCACGAACUCCACAACAGGUGUUCCGUCGCGCAGACGCGAAGCCGCAAUGGCGGCACAAGACUCGCAGAGGCCCCCGGCCCUCCCUCGUGUACCGCCGCUCUGGCCCUCGUAGACCCCUGAACCAAGACAACCCCAAAUACCCACCCAAAAAAAAAGGCUGUCACCCUACAAAAAGGAACCUUUUCCCCACCCCACGCUUGGAACAUGAGCGCGUACACUGUGUCGCUACCCGGGCCCGGACCUUGGGGGUUCCGGCUCCAGGGCGGGAAGGACUUCAACAUGCCGCUGACCAUCUCCAGGAUCACGCCGGGCAGCAAGGCGGCGCACGCCAACCUGGUUCAGGGCGACGUCAUCAUGGCCAUCGACGGCGUGAGCACAGAGGGCAUGACCCACCUGGAGGCCCAGAACAAGAUCAAGAUGGCCACCUACAACCUCGCGCUCACCAUGACCAAGUCGAAGCGUCCCGUUGUCAUGCCAACGCCGCGAAUUGAUGCCGGCAUUUCCAUGAUCCCUCACCAGCAGCUGAACGGCCGACCGUCGGCCGAGGUGUGCGGCGGCCCCGCCCGCAGGACGCAGUAUAACUCCCCCGUCGGCCUGUACUCGGAGGAAACUCUGAGGGAGAUGGCGGCCAUUCAGGCGGGCCUACCUGCGGGUUCACUUCCAGAGCGUCUGGUGGACAGAGCCUCGCCCGUCUACCGGGCGGUCCUGACCGCCUCGGAAGGGGAGGACGAGGAUGAGCGAGGGCGCCGCCGCCAGGUCAACGCCCAGUCCAAAACCUUCCAGGCGCUCGCCAACAUGACCGGAACAGGGACACACUCCGUAAUGGAGGAUGAGGAAGAGGAGGACGAGGUGUUGAGGAAGAGCAGCCUGAGGCAUCAGUCGUCCGCCGGCAUCCAGCACAAGGCGGCCGUGUCCAGUCAGUUCGGUCAGGCCGCUCCCGCCCAGCAAGCCCCGCCCCCGCAGCGCCCCCAGCAAGCCCCGCCCACUCAGCAGAGCUCCAUCCAGAUACCCGUCGGCUCCGCCCCUCAAAAGGUGGUCAGCACGGCCUGCAUCUACCCGUCGCAGCCAGCUGCGCCUCCACCCCACGCGCCGCCCCAGAUGCCCCACCACCAGCCCGUCGCCCCCGUGGCCGCCCCCUCCCAGGCCGCGGGCGGCAACCGCCCCCCCUGGGUGACCGACAGCUCCUUCGCGGACAAGUUUGACCCGAGCAAGACCACCACCCACACCAUCAAGGCGCCGCCACUGCCCCAGGCCGCGCCCCCGCCGCCCCAGUACAUCCCCGACCGCUCGGUCGCCGUCCCCGUCCCCGCCCCCGCCCCCGUCGCUCCCGGCCCCAUCCCCUUCCCCCCGGUGGCCAGAGGGGUGGCGCAACGGGCCGAGAGGUUCGCCGCCAGCAGCCGCACGCCACUGUGCGGAGCCUGUAACAGCAUCAUCAGGGGUCCGUUCCUGGUGGCGCUGGGCCGCUCGUGGCACCCCGAGGAGUUCAACUGCCACUACUGCAACAUGUCGCUGGCCGACGUCAGCUUCGUGGAGGAGCAGAACAGCGUCUACUGCGAGAACUGCUACGAGGAGUUCUUCGCCCCCACCUGCGCCCGCUGCAACACCAAGAUCAUGGGGGAGGUGAUGCACGCUCUGCGGCAGACGUGGCACACCACCUGUUUCGUGUGCGCCGCCUGCGGCAAGCCCUUCGGGAACAGCCUCUUCCACAUGGAGGACGGAGAGCCGUACUGCGAGAAAGAUUACGUGGCGCUGUUCAGCACCAAGUGUCACGGCUGCGACUUCCCGGUGGAGGCCGGGGAUAAGUUCAUCGAGGCCCUGGGUCACACCUGGCACGACACCUGCUUCGUGUGUGCGGUGUGUCACAUCAACCUGGAGGGUCAACCCUUCUACUCCAAGAAAGACAAACCCCUGUGCAAGAAGCACGCCCACGCCAUCAACGUGUAACCUAGCAACCGCACGCGCACACAAACCCGCCCGGCUUCGCCUCGGCGCUCGUGCGCGUCGUCGCCACUUCGGUUGCGGGUUUGUUUUUUUUUUUUUCUUUCCUUUGGUGACCGCUUCACUUUUUCGUCCGCAAUUCGCACGCACACCGACCCUCAAUUAGUGUUCCACGUUGGUCACGAAGAUAUUGAAAAUCAAAAUUGAAAUCGAUUCUUUGCAUUUUUUUUCCAAUUUCAUUUGAUUCAUCGUGUUUUGCAUCAGUUGGGGGGGGGGCUGACACCAUCCCAGAUCCUCGACCUCGACACACAAUGUCCGAUAUUGUGAAAACAACCGCAACCAGGCGGACUGUACCGCGUUUCUGCAAGCACUUGAACUGCCCACGAGCCGUCCGACACUUUCCCAGACACUCAAAUGCGACGCUUGAUUGCUAAGCGAGCGCAGAUUGUCCUACAAUUUUUCCAGACUCCUGAACUAAGCACAACGCGUCACGCAGUUGGUGGGGAAAGUAGCCUCAAAUUUCACGCAGUUUUUCCCCUUUUGGAAUGUACGCCGUGAAUUUUUCAAGCGUCACCCCUUCAUUUGGUGCUCAUCAAAAGUGAUUUUUGUUUAUCUGAUUUGAGUUUCAUGUGAUUUGUUUGUUCGUUUGUUUUUCUAAAGCGCCUGGCAGUGUUUCUUGGA